UCUACACUGAGUGAAUAUAUGACCAAAAAGGACACAAUUUGUGACUGAAUUUGCAUUUCAAAUGAAGUUCUUUGCGGCAAACGAUUGAUUUGGUGUCCAAUUGAGUGACAGUUCACAUCAUGUCUCAGUCGAGUCACUCGUCUCAGAGCUCGAGCUCCGACUCACAGCUAAUCAAAGCAAUCGUCGAAAGUCUGAAAUCUCGAGGAAUUUUCGAUGAAUUCAGACGCGAAUGCCUUUCGGACGCAGACACUAAGCCAUCCUUCCCGAAUCUGUUGCAGAGAGUGGAGGGCUAUGUCUCGAAGUUCUUGAGUCAACAGAAGUGGAGUGAAAACAUCAAUAAAAACCAAUUGAGAGAAAGACUUCGCAAACAAAUCAAUGAGUCAUUGAUGUUGAAGUACGGAAUCGAGCAUUUGGUGGAACAGGUCGUCACCUUUAAGAUCAAUUCACUGUUUUGGCCACAAAUUGAAGACGUCGUCAAACAGUUUCUGGGGAUCCAAGAGAUGCCGACCACUGCUGUCGCCGCCCCUAACCCUGCGAUGCAAAGCACCAAAAGUGUGUCCAAAUCGAGCUCAAGAAGUAGUUUGAAAAGUGAGGAGAAUAUUGAGUUGAAAGUUAAGAUCAAAGACGAACCCAUGGAUCUGAAAAUGAGUGACGAUUCCUCUCAACCAAUGGACAUCGAAACCGAUUCCAACUCUUCGGUUGGAAAGACGGAACAAAUGACUAAAUUAGAGAAUGAGAGCAAUUCAGACAACGGUUACGUCGAUUGGCCGACCCCUCCAAAGCCUGAAAUGCUUACUCCAGAGCGACCGCCCAUAGACUCCAUAGACUCUACUAAAUCCAGUGAUCACUCGAAGGGUAUCCAUAAAAGUGAAGACAAUGUGUUUCACGAAGGAAUCAAAGAAAACGAGACUUUCUUAGUAACUAAUAUUAAGAGUGAAGUGACUUUUGCUGACAAAAGUGAAAGCAUUAGUGAAACAAAUGCUGUGAAUAUGAGUGCAAAGGAUAGCUUGCAGUCAGAGAAAGACAAACCGACUGAAGAGUCGAACCUCUCAGACGUGAGUUCUGUUCAUACGAGCGAUUUGUCUGAUUUUGAUGACGAGAUCUCUUUAGACGAUUCCAAUGAUGAGAGUAAAGACAAUAAGAAAAAUAAGAUUAGUUUAAAAGUUGUCAAAAAGAUAACGGAAGUGCUAUCCAACGAACAGAUCAGUGACCGAAACAUAUGUCCAAAACCUUCACAACAGACACUAUCCGACGAACAAAACAUUGAAACAAAUGUCAAAUGCGAGUCAAAGAGAAUCCGCAAAAUUAAUCCAAAGUAUUCUUCCGAAGAAUUUUCAUCGAUUUUUACAGAAAAGGAUCGUCUGAUUGCCGGCACUUCCAGAGAAGAAUGGGACGAAUCCAAUGAAAACAGAAUUUUGAAAACUGAAACAGAAAUCACUCAAAGGAUGAGUUCCAGAAGGAGAAGACAGUAUUCAGAAAGUGAUGGCAAAGAACUCGAGAUCAUCUUCAAGGGGUUCUAUCGAGAGUUCUUUGUCAAUUCAGAAAGUGAUGGCAAAGAGUCUAAUGAUAUGAGUCUUCGUAGCUCUAAAAUAGUCAAAAGACAAGAGGACUUACCCCUAGACUCGAGAUCAUCUUCAAGGGGUUCUAUCGAGAGUUGUUUGUCUGAAACAACUCAAGACUCGACACAAUCACAGAAUAGACCCAAAAGGAAACUAAGCAAAGAUAGAAAUGAGUGUCAAUCCAAGCGUUACGAGGCCUCAGAUCUCUAUAAACCGCGACGUUUUGUCUCAUCGCGAAGAAGAGGUCAGACGACACCCGAUUCGCAAGCGAAUGAAGAUUUUAUUAUUCAUGAUUUGUCCAAAUAAUGAGAUUUCAGUGUAUAUUACAUAAAAAGUAAAUAUUUUAAAAUGAG